AUGCUAGCUGGAUCAGAUAAGAGUGGAGCCGUCUGUUACCAGUGUCAGCAGCCUGGACAUUACAAGUCCAAAUGUCCUAUGAAUCUGUCUGUAGUUUCUGCAACAUUAAGAGCUUGUUAUGGGUAUGGCCAGCAAGGCCAUCUAAAUCGGGACUGUCCGAAUUUGGGAGCAGGCACCGCAUCAUCAUUUGCAUUUGCAUCGGGGUUCGAGGUCAGUUUUAUGGAUUGGGCGUUGUGUGUUGAUACGCCAGUUGGGGUUUCAGUGUAUUUGAGCAGAGUUAUGAGGGAUUGUUCCAUCAUGAUCGCCGAACAGACUUUUAUUUUUGACCUCAUCCUCUUGGAGAUGACUAACUUUGAUAUCAUUCUCAGGAUGGAUUGGUUAGCUUCAUUUCAGGCUAUGAUCGAUUGUUUCAGAGGCAGAGUCAUAGUUUGCACUCCUGAGGGAGAUUGUUUAUUUUUCAUGGGAGAUCAGAGUGAUUCCCAACCUUCAUCAUUGUAUGGAAUUCGUGUACGGAAUCGUAGUGACCACUUCUUGGCUAGUCUUUUAUCCAAAGAAGAUGAUGAUGUGGAAAAGGUUUAUCCUGCCGUUGUUUGCGACUUCUUAGAUGUUUUUCGAGAAGAUUUGACAGAGUUGUCUCCACAUCGAAAAAAAGUGUUUGCUAUUGAUUUGAUGCCAGGUACCGCGCCAAUUUCUAUGGCACUGUAUCGUAUAGCACUAGUGGAGUUUGAAGAAUUGAAGAAGCAACUCGAUGAUUUAAGGAUGAAAGAUGACGCAGAGGCAUUUGGUGUACUGUAUGUGAAAGAGAUUGUGAGGUUGCAUGGUGUUCCAAUUGCUACUAUUUCAGAUACGGAUGCCAUGUUCCUUUGA